CGGAAGUUUUUUGUUGCUUAGAGACGAGGUUGGGAAACACUCCGGAGUUAGCGAGAAUAGCGUAGACGCUACAACAACAACAAAACUGUGGAUAUAUGAUGUUUUGUGUUCACCGGACAUCGUGUCGUCAUUGAAGAUGUCAAGCCGGGAUCCUUUCCCCGCUCCAAAGUUUGAAAACGGAUUCACACUUAGUGGUUUCAGACCGCGGCAGAGAAAAACACAUGAUAAACCAACACACAUCGCCCAAACAGAGGAACCCUGGAGUCGCCUCCAUGAUACAGCCACUUUGGCUAGCACCCGACGGAGUGUUAUGCAUUGCGAGCGUCAGGCUCCAAAUGACAGCCUUGACUUCCAGCUGAAGUCGGUCUACGAUCACAACAAGGACUUCUUCCGGAGUAAGAACCAGAUUUUAUUCCAGAAGGAGACGAUCUCUGAGGACAACAGGAAACAGGAAAACGUCCAUCAGGACAUGCUGGAAAAGGAACAAAAGAAAGAAAUCCAAGUGUGGGUUGACCCACAGAGGCGCUCCAUUUACAGCAUCAAGUGAAGCACAGACGGGUGCAAUUGACUCCAACCUAAACCCACUGAGUCUGGAGAAAAUCUGGCUUUGUCUGGAGCAAAGUGUGUCCCAAAUACCAAUGCAAUGUCCUAUUUUUCCUCAACAAGCAUUUUCAAACAAGCGCUACGCCGUGGAGAAUGAUGGCAGCUUCUAUUAACCAUGAAGUUUCCAGUACUACUAUCCCUAACUGCUACCAACAUCAACAAAUAAAGGAAU